CCCCCCGAGGACGUACUGAGGGGCCUCGUCGUCGUAAGCAGCGAGCCGGCCAGCGCUGCUCUGCAUGGCGUCAAGCGGCCGCACGACGACGAGACGGCGGAUGAGCCCUUGGCCAAGCGGGACAGGCUCGGCGAGGAGCUGGAGCGCAUGUUCGCGCUGCAUCCGUCCGCCGUUCCGCCGGCCCCGGCCCCGGCCCCGGCGCUGUCAGCGGGGUCCUCCUCGGCCUUCUCGACAUCGGCCACCGUUGCGCACCCGGCGACACCAGCCAACGGGGCCGCAGCCACCCGGUUACCCCCCCACCCGACAGCGGUCGGUAGGUCCGCGGGCACCCUUCCCAUCCGGCCUGGCAGACAACGCCUCCCGCGCCUAGGCAACGGCACAGCCAUAUCCCGCAACAGGAUACCCGAGGAGUCGGAACCGCCGAGCCCGAGUGACGGCAACUCGGAACGCUCGUUUGACCAUGGCCAAACUUGA